AUGAUAAUACCAAUUCGAUGCUUUACAUGCGGUAAAGUGAUUGGAAACAAAUGGGAAGCAUAUAUUGAAUUAUUGAGGUGUGAUUAUACGGAGGGUGAUGCAUUGGAUGUAUUAAGUUUAAAACGAUAUUGUUGUCGAAGAAUGUUAUUAUCACAUGUUGAUUUAAUUGAAAAACUUUUAAAUUAUACACCACUUGAAAAAUAG